GCACUCCUCGCUCUCUGUCACUCCCCCUCCUCUCUCUCCAGCUACAGCCCGCUGAUCCAGUGAAAUGUAAGCGGACCUGUGGGCGACAUGAACGGGUCUAAGCUCAGUCAACUGCCGGACGACUCGGAACAGCUACAGCCGUACAUUAGCGGGCUGAGGCAGAGAGUCCUGCGGGCCAGCGAGCUGUCCGCUGCGGGCUUAUCCAGCGGCUUUCUCCUCAAGUUUCUGCGGGCCAGAGACUUCGACGUGGAGCUGUCACUUAAGCUCUUGCUGAACUACCAGCGGUGGCGGAGGGAAAGUCCUGAGAUCAGCAGCUGUCUGUCUCCUUCCUCUGUGCUCGGCCUCCUCAACACAACAUAUCAUACCGUGCUCCUUCAGCGAGAUCGCACAGGCAGCAGGGUACUCCUCUACAGGAUUGGUCAGUGGAACCCCAAAGACUGGUCAGCAUUCCAGGUAUUCAGGAUCAGCCUGAUGACAUCGGAGAUCAUCUCAAGAGAGCAUGAGACACAAAGGCAGGGUCUGAAGGCCAUUUUUGACCUGGCGGGGUGGAGUUUAGGCCACGCCCUGCAGAUUAACCCUUCCCUUGCCAGAAAGAUAUCCUCUGUGCUUUCGGACUCUUUUCCACUGAAGGUCAGAGGAAUUCACCUGGUCAAUGAGCCAAUGUUCUUCCGUCCAGUCUUUGCUAUGCUUCGUCCCUUCUUGCCUGAUAAGAUCAAGCAGAGGAUCCAUAUGCAUGGUGCUGAUUUCCACGAUUCUUUACAUGACUUCUUCCCACCACACAUUCUGCCUCCAGAGUAUGGAGGUGAUGGACCUGGAAUAGUAGAAGCAUGUCAGGACUGGACCAACCAGCUGCUUCAGUCAGAGAACCUCCUGCAGCAGAUCGCCACCCACCCAACGGGUGACGUCACCGUAACUCCUGACGACUCUUUGAUCACAGAGGAAGGAUGAUGUUUGGACUCUUGGAUCUCUUAUUGGGGAAGUUGUCGGCUGAGCUGAGAGGAACGCCUGUGAUCUGAUCCAUGUGACGUUAGAGCCUGACUCAUAGGAUCUUUAAGACCAAUGCCAAUAUUGAUAUUUGGUGAUUUUAAAAUCAGAUAUUUUGAUAUAUCUGCAGAUUUAUUAUUUGAAUUUUUUUUGUUAUGUUACACACAUUUUGUUAUGUGUAAUUAUUUAUUUACUCAUGUAUCCCCGGCCCAGCUCUGCUAGGAUCAGCUGGUUGUUGUGUUUGUGGGGUGUGCUCUCCGGUCAAGUUGAGGGGUGUUUCUCCAUUUCUGCUUUGCUUUUUAAUUUUUCAUUUAUCGGCUGAUACAGAUAAACUGCCAAAUUGCUAAUAUGGGCCUACUGAUAAAUCAUGUGGGUUCUAGUUUACAUGAUGUUUGUUUUUUAGCUAACACGUUUUGUUUUACUCUUAAAAACCUUGAAAUGACAUCUUUUAAAUCCACUCUGUGAGAUGAGGGGCGUAAUGUUUGUCUCAUGUCUGGGCGUAUUAUUGUGUUCUGUCUGAUAUCAGCACGUCGGUACUGUUCAGCAUCACGUUAAUGUUGCUCCAGGACUAAAAUUGCAAAUGAUGAGGCACACUGUUUUGAUAUCAUAGCUUUGUGAUUCAAGAAAAGGACCCUGCAAUACAAAAUCACAGCUCUUCACGCUGUGGAAAUAGAACUAUGUAGAGGAACAACAUCUAUAUCAGGUUACAGUCACAUGUUAACCCGAGACUGAGGUAUGUGUCCCAUGCAGGCCAAGCAUUAAUGACUUAUUAUUUUCAGACACAAUGAAAUAUUAAUUUUCAAGUUUUGUUUAAUUAUUAUUAUUAUUAUUGGUUUUCAGUCACAGGGUUUCUAGGCAAUGAGAAGACUACAGAGACACACAGAUAGGUUUAGUAAAGUCACAGUUUGGGUUAACAGAAACCUCCAUACUGAAAAACAAAGGCAGCACAUAACUGCCACAAAGUGCAGUUCCUCUAAUGGUCACUUGAGGCUCUAAAAGCAAGUCAGUUACACAUGGAUUUUAACCUGUGUAAUAGUGUUGUAUCGAUAACAGCUUUGGUCUCUGUGCAGGUUUUGACUGGCAUGUGCCAGCCUGGUAACUUUGCACUUCACCAUCUAUGGUCAAUAAAGCAUGAUGGCGGCCGGUGUGGAGUCCGGAAACCAGUGGGUGAGAUCACGGGGGCUGCAUCCAUUAUUUAUAUCUAUGUGUUAGUCACAAAGCUACAACAUCACAACAAACUGAUGAUCGUGGAGAAACAUUAAUUAUGAUAUUGUCAGAAUAACACCAACACAGGAGUGUUCAUUUGGAUGUACUAACUACGCCAAACUUAGGAGAGAGACUGGAAAUAGGCAAGAAGUGAAGAAGAAAAAACCUUUAAAGCUUAUUAACUGAUGUCCUGGAGAGAGGGGGGUGGUGGUGGUGGAUAUGUGGGCCUUUUAUGAGGUUUCUGAGGUUUUAAUAGACAUUUUUCAGGGCUCUAACUAUUUUGCCUGCCCUGUGAUUAAUAAAUAUGAACGAUUACAGUCUGCUGUCAAGUGGACCUCAGCAAAGGUGAGAGUCUAAUGCUUCAACAAAGCACCUGGAGGGUCUCGUAGCCUGGACAAACCUGUCAUCUGAUCAAGAGUAUUCAUUGAAACAGCAUCAAUGACCUGAAAUUAACAUGUUUUUAUUCCAAGAAGGACAAAAUGUAAAAAAAAAAAACAAGAAAUGUAUAUUAAAAAAUAUAAUUUUAUAAAGCAUGUGUGGGUGUGAAUAUGCGAAACUGAGGUUGUAUUUGUCCAUCCACCCACUCUCUUCUGAUUACCCGAGGCCGGGUCGUGGGGGCAGCAGCUUAAGCAAACCCAGAUGUUCCUUGUCCGAGUCGCCAGCCUCGAUGGCUGGACCAGACUCAUUGAAGCCUUUGAGGUUUAUAUUCAGCGGCCGAUUAUCUGUGCCAAACUGUAUUGAAAGCCAUCCAACAGUUGAUAAAAUGAUUAACUCAAAUGUGGGGGAAUGAAUGCUUGUAAAAUUUCAUGGUAAUAAAAUUCUAAUAGCUGAAGUGCUAUGUGAGUCUGGGCCACAGAGACUUAGAGUGUUGCUGACUAGAAAAUCUGUUUUGUAAUGUACUUUCUCAGUAUAUGUGUAGCUCUGUAGGGAGAUACUGAGGUUUGACAAUUUACAGUCAUGUAAAAAACUGCAGGUCAGUGCAAAACUAAGUACACACAAUGGUUCAGUAACUUGUUUCUCAUUAGCAGCAAUAACUUGAAGUAGUUGUUUCAUGUCUUUUGUCCUGUCUCUCUCCCCCCUCAGCCCCAACCGGUCAGAGCAGAUGACCCCUCACCCCUCCCUGAACCUCGUUCUGCUGGAGGUUUCUUCCUGUUAAAAGGGAGUUUUUCCUUCCCACUGUCACCAAGUGCUGCUCAUAGGGGGGGUCGUCUGAUU